UAGUGUGAUAACCGCUGACCUAAGCACGAGGAAAGACAAGAAAGAAAAAAUCCAAAAUGGAGUUUAUGAUAGGAAUCCAAGGAGAUGGCUUCGUUUUAGUGGCUAGCGAUAGUUCUAGUGGACGRAGUAUUGUCAGAAUGAAAGAUGAUUACAACAAAAUGACCAAAUUAAGCAGCAAGUUACUGAUGCUGGUGUCGGGAGAGUCAGGGGAUACRGCACAGUUUUCAGAAUAUAUUGAAAAAAACGUUCAGCUUUACAAAAUGAGAAAUGGGUAUGAACUGACACCACAUGCUGCUACAAACUAUGUACGAAGAUUCCUAGCUGAAUCCCUGAGGAGUUCGACUCCUUACUCCGUCAAUCUUCUAAUUGCUGGCUAUGGUGAUGAUGGCCCAGAACUGUACCACAUGGACUAUCUUGCCGCUAUGUCAAAGGUUCCCUUUGGAGCUCAUGGUUAUGGUUCWUUCUUUGCUCUCAGUGUAAUGGACAGAUACUACAAACCAAAUAUAAACCGUGAAGAAGCCAUGGAAUUACUCAAGAAAGUCACAACUGAGGUCCAAAAAAGAUUCAUCGUCAGUCUUCCAAACUUUGUAGUGAGAAUCGUUGACAAGGAUGGAAUCCAYGAUAUUUCUGUUCCUGCAAAAAAUUGAUGGCAUAGAAAUUUUUUGUUAUUAUCACGUGCAAUAUACUCUAUUCUCCAUGCUGUAUUAUUAUGACUAGGGUUCUACUUACUAACUAUUAAACAUUAACAAUUAUAACUUAAAA